AUGGCCGACUACGCUUCGAUGAAGGUGCCGGAGCUGAAGAAGCUCUUGGCUGAGCGCAAGCUGCCCGUCACGGGCAACAAGGCCGAUCUGAUUGCUCGCCUCACAGAGGAAGACGCCAAGCCCGCCGCCGACGCCGAGGCCAAACCUGGUACGUUGGCUCGCGAUAUCCGCCGAGACGAGGGAUACAAACCGACGACCAUGUUUCUGCACCGUCGUCCUGCCAUUCUACAACGCGAUUGUGCCGUAAAUGCUGGCAAAGACGACGAGAUUACAUACAGCGACGACGAAGGCGCGAAACCCGCCGCUCCCGCCGCUCCUGCCGCUGCCACGGAGGCUGUACCCGCUGCUUCUGCUGCGCCCAAUGAUGCUGCCGCCGAUGCCGCCGCGCCUACCAAGGGCGACGCCGCCCCCGCUGCCGCCGAGCCGGAGCCCGCCGAGCCUGUCGCGCCCCCUCCAUCCUUCGCCAUGGGCCUCUCCUCGACGACCGCGGGUGAAGAAGCCAAGAAGCGCGCCGAUCGCGCGAAGCGAUUCGGCCUCGACGAGGAUAAUGAAGAUGCCAAGAAGCGCGUCGAGCGCACCCAGCGCUUCGGCCUCGAGGACAAGGACGUCUCCGGCCUUGACGCGGCCCUGCCCGAGCGUAACUUGAAGCGCGGCCGCGGCCAGCACCAGGACGGCCAGCGUCCCGGAAAGCGCCAAAGCACAGACCGCAGAGGCAACGACCGCCGCAACGGCGGCCGGAAUGAUCGCCAGGGCGGCGGCGGUAACACCCAGGCAAGGGGCUCUGGCAUUUUGAACAACCCCGCUGAAAGGGCCAAGGCUGAGAAGCGCGCUGCUCGCUUUGCUGCUGCGUAA